AUGGCACUAGUGACUAGACCACACGUUUUCUUUGGGAUUUUCGCAGUUAUUCAGAUUAUAUUUACCAUUCAGGAAUUACCGUCAAAUGGGGUCUCCUACUUUGCCUUUGAGAAGCUUUCCAAGAAAGAGAGUGCUGAAGUAAACCUCAAGCUUUACCAUAAAAGAUGGAGGAGAUGGCUGUUCUUAUCUAAACCAGAGGACGAGAUCAGUCAGAAAAACCAGGAUCUGAAACGCUAUGAAGUGCAUGGCAGAUUGGAUUCAGAGCGCUUUCCAGAUGUUGUGACUAAUGACAGUAAUGGCAACUCAUCCAUUGAGAGAGAUAUGGAUCAUAUUUACUACACAUCCAAACUCUAUGGGCCCACAGACAGUGCAGACAAAGAUUUGUGGGUCAGUCUUGAACAAUUGGACAUGGGAAGGGUUCAUGAAAUUCUCUCUAACACGCAUCAACAAACUUUGAGAUUUAAUCUGUCCUUCGAUUUCCCUUUCUAUGGACAUCUCUUAAGGGAAAUACAUGUAGCUACAGGAGGUUUCAUCUACACUGGAGAUGUUAUCCACAAAAUGCUAACAGCGACUCAGUACAUUGCUCCACUCAUGGCUAAUUUUGACCUCAGUAUCUCACAAAAUUCAACGGUUAUUUACUGUGAUAAUGGUACAGCUCUUGUUGUGCAGUGGGACCAUGUGUAUAUCCAGGAUGCUUCUCAUUUGGGCAGUUUUACCUUCCAGACAUCCUUGCACAAUGAUGGCAGAAUCAUAUUUGCAUACAAAAAGAUUCCCAUUGACAUUAGUAAGAUUAGCCCAGUGAAUCAUCCUGUGAAAGUUGGGCUCUCAGAUGCAUUUGUGGUUCUUCAAAAAAUUGACCAGAUCCCCAAUAUUCGACGGAGAACAAUAUAUGAAUACCAUCGCGUAGAGCUCUUAAAAUCCAAGAUCACCAGCUCCACUGCUGUUGAGAUGCUUCCUCUGCCAACCUGCCUCCAGUUCUCCAGCUGUGAGAUGUGUGUUACGGCUCACAUUGGCUUCAACUGUAGCUGGUGUAGUCACCUUCAAAGAUGUUCCAGUGGAUUUGACCAGUACCGUCAAGACUGGGUUGACAGUGGAUGUCUAAAUGAGAUAAAGAACCAGAGUUGUGGUCGAUCUCUAGACAGAAAACCACCUCUCAUUAAAGCCAGCACUCCAGCAGCACAGACAGGAACAACAACAGUUUCAAAAAAAUGGAUCCGAGUUUCCACAACCACAGCAACCACAUCAAUUGGAGCCUUCUCUCUUACCACCAAAAUGACCAGCACACCCUUAUCCUUAAAAAACCCUCCAACAAGUAUCCUCACUGAUGAGUCUCACAUGGACAGUACAGAUAAACAGACAGAAGAGCAGAUUCAGACUGCUCUGCUCAUUGGCAUCCUGGUCACCAUGGUCCUCAUGAUGGCAGCUGUGUUGGCAACUGUAUACAUGUACUACCAUCCAACCUCCAGUGCCAGCCUCUUCUUCAUAGAGAGAAGGCAAACACACUGGCCUGCUAUGAAAUUUCGACGGGGUUCAGGACACCCAUCAUAUGCAGAGGUAGAAGCGAUGGGACAGGACAAAGAAGGAUUCAUCAUGAUGGAACCUAGAGACAGUUUCAUGGUAUUGGACAGGAGAGAAAGCUCAUUCCUAACUGACCAGAGAGAAGGAUUUAUUGUAGCUGACCAAAGAGAACGCUUCCUCAUCAUGGAACGCUGCUGA